AUGGCUUCUGAUCGUCAUGUUCUCGUGCUCGGAGGCAAUGGAAAGAUCAGCAGGCUCCUCACAGUCAUGCUGCUGAAGAAGUCCUGGACUGUGACAAGCUUGAUUCGUAACCCAGACCAAAUCGACGACUUGAAGAAGAUCUCUGAGGGUUUGCCGGGAACCCACAAGAUUGUAGUGCAUGAUCUCAUCAAGAUUGAUAGUCAGGAGAAGGCUGCCGCUGUUAUUGAUGAAGUGAAGCCAGACUCGGUGGUUUUCAGUGCUGGACCUGGUAGGGGAACUGACCAAGACACGAUCAUCCGCAUCGAUCGUGAUGCUGCAAUUUUCUUCAUUCAAGCUUCAGUCGCCAACAAGGCCAUCAGCCAUCACGUCCAAGUGUCCUAUCUGGGUGCCCGCCGUGAGCAAGCGCCAUGGUGGACUGCUGAAGACUGGGAGGGCUGGAAGAAGAUCAACUCGACCUUCCUGGGUCCUUACUACGAGCCCAAGACCGCCGCAGAUGAGGCUCUCGUGACUGAAGGCAACAAGAGAGACGGCUUGACUGCUGUUUCUGUUCGUCCCGGUGGUUUAACUGACAAGGAGGAGGGAGGAGUGCUCUUGGGCCAGACGAAGCAAGCCAGAGGCAUGACGACCCGAGCCUUGACGGCGAGAGUUAUGGCACUGGUUCUGGAGAAGGAGCAUGUCAAAGGGCACUGGUUGGAUGUUCUUGACGGCGAAGAGGACGCUGAUACUGCAGUCGAUCGAUUUGUUCGUAAUGAGACGGAGUGUGCUGAGGGAGAACCAGUUCUCAAGAACUAA